AUGGACCGCCGAGUCCUCCCGCUCCUGCUCCUGACUUUCUUGGCGCCCAGGGCCGCCAUAGCCCUCCAGCCGGCCCUAAGAACCCUUAGCAGCCUGCACUUGUCAACCAGCCCCACAUCACAACCUGCUGUAGUCAAGAGCUACUCGGUUUUCUAUUUCCGACAGAAGGUUGAUCAUUUUGGAUUUAAUAAUGUGAAAACUUUUAAACAGCGGUACCUAAUAUCUGAUAAAUACUGGAAGGAAAAUGGUGGAUCAAUACUUUUCUACACUGGUAAUGAAGGGGACAUUACCUGGUUUUGCAAUAAUACGGGGUUUAUGUGGGAUGUGGCUGAGGAACUGAGCGCUAUGUUGGUGUUUGCUGAACAUCGAUACUAUGGAGAAUCCCUACCAUUUGGUGCCAACUCAUUCAAGGAUUCCAGGCACUUGAAUUUUCUGACAUCAGAACAAGCUCUGGCUGAUUUUGCAGAGUUAAUCAAACACUUGAAAAGAACAAUCCCAGGAGCUGAAAAUCAACCUGUCAUUGCCAUAGGGGGCUCUUAUGGUGGCAUGCUUGCAGCCUGGUUUAGGAUGAAAUAUCCUCAUAUGGUAGUUGGAGCUCUUGCAGCUUCUGCCCCGAUAUGGCAAUUUGAGGAUUUGGUACCUUGUAAUGUAUUUAUGAAGAUUGUAACUACAGAUUUUAGGAAAAGUGGUCCAAAUUGUUCAGAAAGCAUCCGCAAGUCCUGGGAUGCCAUUAAUCGUCUCUCAAAUACUGGUGGUGGUUUGCAGUGGCUUACCAAAGCCCUUCAUUUAUGCAACCCAUUAACUUCUCAGGACAUUCAAAAUUUGAAAGACUGGAUCUCUGAAACCUGGGUGAAUCUGGCAAUGGUGGACUACCCUUAUGCAUCUAACUUUUUACAGCCUUUGCCUGCUUGGCCUAUCCAGGUAGUGUGCCAAUAUUUGAAAAAUCCCAAUGAAUCUGAUUCACUGCUGGUACAGAAUAUUUUCCUAGCUCUGAACGUGUAUUACAAUUACUCAGGCCAGGCAAAAUGCCUGAAUAUUUCAAAGACAGCAACUAGCAAUCUGGGAUCCCUGGGUUGGAGCUAUCAGGCCUGCACAGAAAUGGUCAUGCCCUUUUGUACUAAUGGUGUUGAUGACAUGUUUGAACCUCACAUGUGGAACUUGAAGGAAUUUUCUGAUGACUGUUUGAAACAGUGGGGUGUGAGACCAAGACCCUCCUGGAUCACUACUAUGUAUGGAGGCAAAAACAUUAGUUCACACGCGAACAUUGUUUUCAGCAAUGGUGAACUAGACCCCUGGUCAGGAGGUGGAGUGACCAAGGACAUCACAGACACCUUGGUGGCAGUCACCAUCUCAGAGGGGGCCCAUCAUUUAGAUCUUCGAGCCAACAAUGCCUUAGAUCCCAUGUCCGUGCUGUUAGCCCGCUCUUUGGAAGUUAAACACAUGAAGAAGUGGAUUAGAGAAUUCCAAGACAGUGUGAAAAAGCAGCAAUGAGUGACUUUUUAUCAUUUUCAGUUUCUUGUUUUAUGUUCUCUCCACCCACAUUCCCAUUUACUUUGGUUUUUCCAUGUAAUUACUUUCCUCCGUUUCUCGUUAGAUUUGGUGGGGCCCAGGUUGAGAUAGAAGA